CGUGCUCCAACCGCGCACUCUUGGCGCGAUGAGCCGAAUUUGCCUGCAUGGAGGAGAGAUCACCCGUGCCAGCGGCACCCGCUGAAGGCGCUGCCAAAGCUUUGGCAGCCCCGGCCGCGCCCGAAGUGGCAGAAGAAGCCCCCGAAGGCCCUGAGCCGCUGGAUGUGUCGAGCGACAGCCUGGAAGCUGUGCCAGGCAUCAGCGACAGCGACUUGGAGGACCCUCCAAAGAAAGACCAGAGCCGGGACCAGCCGCAGAUCGCGCAGGAAUAUGGAGCCAAUCGAACCGAAGGUGCAGACAAGCAGUUGCCGGAUGCGGAAGUGGGAAAGGACAAAUAUUUGGAGGAGAGCUUCUCUGAAAAGGCUUCCCAGAACUCUUCUGACUGGAGCUCUGACUCAAGCAAGCGCAAAGCAUCAAAGAUAGGUGAGGAUGGCGCAAGUGAGGCAGCCAAGAGGGAAGAUGGCCCUGAGAGAGACGUCAACAAAGACCUACCAGAUCAGCAAGAUGAAGCUGGCGAUUCGAGCGACUCAGACGAUUUGGGGGACUCGGAUUCAAGCAAAAGCAAGAAGAGUCAAGAACUGCCGGGAGAAACCAAGGAGGAUAAGAAGAGUCAAGAACUGCUGGGAGAAGCCAAGGUGGACAAGCAGAGUCAAGAAUUUAUUGGAGAAGCCAAGGAGGAUACUCCAGAUAGAAUCCCGAGUGCUCACCUGCCUGAGAGAGAAGUGGGCGAUGCAAAGGGUGAGCCUGAAGCCACCGCCCAGGCAGGUCGAAUGUGCGUAAGAUCAUGCCACAUGUCAAUUCUCCGACAGGGCGACAAGGAAGUGGAGGAGAAGGAGAAAAAGGAGGAGGAGAUGGAGAAAAAGGAGGAGGAGAAGGAGAAAAAGGAGGAGGAGUGCUUGGGUAAGUAUCCGGAGAGCCUGGAGUGUCCCUUCCGACCCGGUCACCAGGCUCCUCUUCCGCUGCUCUCGCGGCUGCGCCAGCGGCUGCUGCGGCUCUUCGGCCGGGCGAAGCCGGAGGCGCCACCCGAGGCACCGAAGGCGGAGCCGAAGGCGGAGCCGAAGGCGGAGCCGAAGGUGACGAAAGCAGAGCCUGCGCCGAAGGCGAAGGCCGUGGCGAAGGCAGUGGAGGAGGAUCUGGAAAUUAUGCACCAGAAUCUCCGCACUUACUGGGAUGAGCAGGAGAGGCUGUCCAAGGCCAGCGUGCGACUUAGCGGCCACAUCAUCGGGGACGAUGCAGCGGCUGUGUGGCCAGGACCCAAGUGCAAGCUUCACAGCUUUGCCAAGGCAGUGGCGGCUGCUUCGAUGUGCAACUGUGAGGACGUGGCCUUUGCGCGGAAGGUGGAGAUCGACAUCAAAAGCGGCCAUCUCUUUUGCAUAGUCCGGAUCUUGGACGCAUCCUCAGCAAGGGCCGUGGCUGCGUCGCUCGUCCAGCGCCUGCACGAGGUGACACAAGCGCUGUGGCCGCUGCAAGCAGAGGACAACCUGAACGUCGCCAUCAUGUGGCCCUUUGAGCUUCUCAUGGACGGCUUGAUGGUGGAAGGCGACGCCUGGCACUUGGAGACCAUUUUGUCCCCGCUCCUGGAUGAGGCCUGGCACGCACAAGAAGCUGUGUGGCGAGCCGUGGUGGAGCAGGUGCCCCGCGAUGCGCAAGAGCUGUGCGGGCUCCCCUCCUUGCGGCGCUAUGAAGGAGCCUUGCUCCCCAUGGCGCUCGGCCGCAAGGAGGAGCGCUUGCCCGAGAUUUGCCGGAGCUUCCCGGAGGAGGAGUGGCCGGUGCCGCUGGCCGAUCUCUACCAGCAGGCGGAGGACCACCACCGCCGUGCCAAGGAGUUCCUGGCUCCCGGCAGUGAGUGGGCAAGCGCGCGGGUGGCGCCCGGUUGGCAACGGCAGGAGCACUUGUGGUGGACAGCUCCAGGCGAUGCUGACGUGAUCGGAGCUGGCGCUGACCACUUUGACGCAGGCCUUCGCAGCAAAGCGCUGAUUCAGGAGCACAUGCAGCUGCCAGUGGGCUUGGCAGUGGCUGGCCGCUGGUGGGCUUUGGGCAUUGCCGCGGACGCGGCCUUCGCGGCCGCGGCCCUGCCUGCGGAGGAAUUCUCGGCGCAGCAGGCUGCCCAGCAUGCGGUAGACCAUCAUUGGAUGAGGCUAGAGGAGGAGUAUCGCAAGCAGAAGGUCCAGUGGGGAACCGGCCACGAGUUGCAGCCCAAGUUGGAUCUGGUCUUCGCUUCCAAAGAGGAGGAGGGCGUGGUGGAGCUUGUGGAGGCAGCGGCCGCUCUGCCCUUGAUGGAAAACCUCCGCUCUGCGCUUCACGGCCUUUGCUUGGCCAUGCACCGUGCGCAGGCCCUGCACGGGCGCUUCGCGUGUUUCCGGCACUGCUGCGACGUUUCGCGCCUGGCGCUGGUCUUCGAGACACCGCGGCAGCUGAUUUCAGCCGCGAAGCGCUUGAUGGAGAAGCGGGAGGUUCUGUGGCUCGAGAACGAGUUUGCCAAUCCCAGCUGCGACGGGUGCCGCCAGGUGAGCCUGGGCUUACGCCUGGCGGAGUCGCAGGUCACCGAGCUGCGGUUGCUGCUGCGGCCCUUGUUGGCCGCCAAGAAGCUCCAGCGACGGCGCCUGGAGGAUGCCCUCGAGGCAUGGCUGGUUGCCUGCAGCAAGGAAGGGAGCGAGGAGGUCGUAGGAGGUCAAGGAGGUCAAUCGGCGCAAGGCAACGAAACGUCGCUUCACAAGGAGGCUAUGGAAACGACCGCACCUGGGCAUGCUACAAGUGAAGAGCAAGCAUUUCAGCCGAUCUCCGGAGUGGCAGAGGUGCUUUCUGGAUCAAAGCCGGGAGAACUGGCAAGGGAACCUGUAGAACCGGCAUCUCAACAUCACAGUCCCGAGCCGCUGCCCACUGCAAAGGAGAAACGCGAGAUCGCAGUCAGCACACCUACAGUGGCAGGCGUGGCUGCUGAUGUUGGGGACAGCCCCCAAGAAAUCUCAAGCACUCGUGGCCCCCAACCACAGCCAACGCCCAAGCCUGCCCUUGGUCCACCUGUUGGCCCGCCACCUGGUUCGCCUGAGGGGGGCCCCCUCUCGGUCCGCCACCUGCAGCACCGAAGCCUGCAGCAGCAACAGCAACUGCAGCGCAUGCCACACCAGCUUUGGCCAAGACACCCAGUGAGGCAGCAUCAGUCAUGACUGCUGAUGCUCAAUCUCAAGCACAGGUGGCCCCCAACCACAGCCAACGCCCAACCUGCCCUUGGUCCUCCUGUUGGCCCGCCACCUGGUUCGCCUCAGGGGCCCCCUCUCGGUCCGCCACCUGCAGCACCGAAGCCUGCAGCAGCAACAGCAACUGCAGCGCAUCACCCACGCCGAUUUUGUCUAAGACAUCCGGUUUGGUUGCUGAUGUUGUGGGGGAAAGUUCCAAAGCAACCUCAAGCACAAGUGGCUUCCAUCCACAGCCAAUGCCCAAGCCUGCCCUUGGCCCAUCUGCUGGCCCGCCACCUGCAGCACCGAAGGCUACAGCAGCCAAUUCAACUGAAGCACACGCCACGACAGUUUUGGGCAAGACACCCAGUGAGGCAGCAGCAGGCAUGGCUGCUGAUGCUGGAGCAACCUCAAGCACAGGUAGCCCCCAACCACAGGCCACGCCGCAACCUGCCCUUGGUCCACCGGUUGGCCCACCAGGUGUGCCCCAGGGCCCGCCGCUUGGCCCGCCACCUGCAGCACCCACGCCUGCAGAAGCAACAGCAACUGCAGCGCACACCCCGGCGAUUUUGUCCAAGACAUCAGGUUUGCCAGCAGCCAUGGUUGCUGAUGUUGUGGGGGAAAGUCCCAAAGCAACCUCAAGCACAGGCGGCCCCCAACCACCGCCCAAGCCCAAGCCUGCCCUUGGUUCUGCACCCACGCCUGCAGAACCCGCCACAGCAGAACAUGCUGCUUCUUCUUUGGAUGCUGUUGGUGUAGCCGAGAACAGUUCGGAGGGUCUCGAGGCAUGUCCGGCGAUUCAGGAUCCGGAACCCAAAUCGCAAGAGCCGGGUGUGCUGCCAGCUUCGACUGGUGAAGAUCAAUGCAAAGGGCCAGGUUCCGAUGCCAUGGCGCUUGCGGCGGAAAGCUUCGCGGAGUUCGGGACAGCUCCGAUGGUGGCAAAGAUUCGUGGGACUGGCGCUGUUGACGGUGGUACAACAAAAGGGCGGGCGCUGGGCGCGCGGUCGCUGGGCGCGGUGCGGCGCUUGGCGGUAAGCCGCGCGCUGCAGCUGCUGGACACCACGGACUGCUGGCUCCUGGAGGAGCGCUUAGCGCAGCUGGAGGCAUUGGGCUCGCUGUGCAACCUCUUUGGGCCACUGCCCUCAGAUAUUCAACUCCCAGUCUUUGAGGAGGCGAAGGAGCGCAUUCGAGCUGUGGGACCUGUGUCAGAGCACGUCCUGAGUCGGGUACUGGAAGCAGGCCUUGGCCGGCGCAGCGAGCGCCAUUUGUGGCGGGUGGCUCGACGCGGGCAGCCGAAGCCGGCGCCGGCGAAGGAAGCGGCGCGGCCGGUGGAGCUGCAACACCUGGAGGC